UAAAUGACAGAAGAUUCUACUGGUGAAGAGGGAGUUAUCGAUCUCGUCGUUCCAUCAGAUGGUAUUUGGGUUGAGCACGAUGACGCUUCAGAAGGCGGUUGGUACACCCACGAAGACUUAGAAUGGAUGUAUAAUUCCCGUGAUCGCAUAUACUUUCAUAUUGUAUCAAAUAUCGUAGUAUCUGCUGGAGAUAGUUUUCCAAAAAAUCUGGUUCCCAGCAAAAAUGAAGUUAAGACAUCUGAUGAUAAUGCUGAAUCUCCAGAUCAUGAAGGUUCAGAGUCGUCUUCUGCCGAACUCCUAGAAAAGAACGGUUCUCCACAAGGUAGUGAUGAUUCAGAUGACAAAGAUUUAUCAAUUGAUUUCGAAAAGGAUCUCUUGGCUGCCACAGCUUCUCGAAAAGGCAACUCGGACCACAAGAGUAAUUGCGAAGAUUUUUAUGUCACUUUAGAGUGUAUGUCAAUUCAUGUAGUUAGUCGAACGGAAGCGCUUUGUUACUACACCGGCGUCUUUGAUGGCCAUUGUGGAUAUAAGUGUGCGGAGUACCUAACUAAGCACUUGAAGAACAACAUAUUGAGUGUUUAUCGUCAGUCAGUUCGAUCAAUAGACCAGAACAAGCGGCCGAAAGAUUUAUUCCCGAUUGAAUCCUUGGAAGUUCGAGCGUUGAUGCAGGGCUGUUCUAAGGGCUUCGAGAUGACGGACAAAAAUUUUUGUAACAUAGCGGGCAAUUACAACUUACUGGAUGGUUCGACUGCAACUGUAUGUCUAAUCUAUGGACCUGAUUCUGAUGGAUGUUUAAAGUUGAUAACGUCUCAUGUCGGUGAUUCCCGUGCUCUAUUAUGUAGCAUGGCUGAAAGUGAUGACUGUUUCGCUCAAGCUAUGACUACUGACCACAAGCCAAAUAACGUCAAGGAGAGGCAGUACAUAGAAAAGAAUGGCGGUACUGUGGAAUUUGCUCAAGGAGCUUGGAGAUGUUUGAAUAAGGCUCGGAACGGACAACCUAUGUCAGGUUUGGCUACAUCCAGGGCCAUGGGAGACUACCCAAUGAAAUUUCCCGAUCGCAUAGUAUCAUCUGAGCCAGAUGUCUCUGUUUACACAAUUAACUUCGAUAGUGAUCUUUUCCUCGUACUUGUCACUGAUGGCAUCACUGAUGUGCUGACAAAUAAGGAGAUAGUUGACAUCGUUUGCGAGGCAAUUGACGAGGAAUGCACUGCUGACGCAGCUGCUGAACGUGUUAUCGUUACAGCUGAACAGUGUGGAUCCGUUGACGACAAGACUUGCACAGUCAUAUACUUCGGUUGGCACAAGGACUUGUUUGAUAAGUGCGUUCGCAAUAAGGAGGCUGACGCGCGCCACGAGGCCCUCACUGCACUAGCGGUGGACAAAACGAAGGAUGCUGUUGAUAAGGAAGACGACAUGUUUACCAACUGAG